AUGAGUCGCCAAAGUCAGUACCAUCAAUAUUUGAGUAAACAACGAGCCGAUAAAGCUUGCGAAUUCCUACUGGAGAACUCCAAUUUCAUAAACUGGUAUCACGAUUCCGAUUCACAUCAGUUGGCAAUCUUCGGCGCUAUGGGCAGUGGAAAAAGCUCUGCUAUGGCAUUUCUUGCGGACGAGCUGGUGCGAAGAAGCAAACACCAAUUACCUCAGCCCAAGGUCUGCUUUUACUAUUGCCGGGACGAGGAGACGGGGGAAACCAUCUACAUACUGUCCGCUCUAAUCCUGUCUCUCCUUACACAGCUCCCGGAUCUAAAGAAGCCAUUUUUUCAGUGGUACAAGGAGGCUCAGACUUGCGUGGACUUUGAUCCGGCGACAGAUUCCAAAACGCUGAGAGAGUUCCUAUGCAAAGUCCUCGAAGCCAUGCUUCGGCCAGUCUUCAUGGUGAUUGACGGUCUGGACAAGUGCUCUGCGGAAUCUCGAAGUAAUCUUCUGACAAUACUACAAAAACUAUCACAGAGAGUUUUGGGGCUGAAAGUCAUACUAUCUUCCCGUGCGCAGGAGGAGAUCUCGGAACAGUUUCACGACACAGCUAAAAUCGAAAUGAUAACCGACGCUCAUCGAGAUGGCAUUAUCAUCGAGAAGCUUGUCGAAAAGAAGUUGUUCGAUCUGUCGCCGGAUGUCAAGUCACUUGUCAUAGACAGAAUGACUGGUCUAGCAAAAGGAAGCGUUAUAUGGACGAGGAUGACUAUUGAGCUGAUUGAAACUCGGAACAUCGGGGCAUUCGAACCGAUGAAAACUUUCCUGGAAGAAACGUCACUCCCCGAACAGCUGUCAGAGAUCUACAGCACAGUACUUUCCCGCUGCUCUUCGAGGAUCCUGAGGACUUGGACAUUGCCAGUGCAGCUCUCAAGCUUCUCGCCAUCACAAAUAGGAGUUUGA